CAACAUGUCACUUCCGAUGUAAACAUUAGAUCAGUCAUCAUAAAAGCAUUUUCUUUUUACAAAAUGAUAUAGAUCUCGAUCUAGAUAUAGAUCUAAUACAGAUAUAGACCAAGACUUGAUCAACCCGAUUCGAGAUCGACUUGGCUCGUGCAUUAUACUAGGACUAGGAGCCAGAUAAUGAAAGUAGUGUAAAGGGACUGGAAAAUUUGUCCUGAAAUACAAUAAAAGUAUGUCACUCUAACUUCGAAACUUGGAAAGCAGAAACAGUAGCCAAAAGUGCUGUUACUAGAGUACAUCAGAACAUGGAUGAGAGAGAUAAGAUAGAAUCUUUACAAGAUAGUGAGACACAUCUUCAUGAAGUGGCCAACUGUAUGAAAGAUAAUGGCACACAUGGCCAAGUAGUGGAUCAGUGUCCCUGCUCCGGGAUCAGCACCCCAGCUGAAACCAUAAAGUCAGAGUCAGAAGCUCAUGCGGGGGUCAGCAUUCCCAGGAUGGCUGUGUCCAGUGGUGACUGUCCAUCUCUCUUGCCAAACCUACAAUCUGAGGUGCUGCAGAGCUUUGUGAGGGCAGUGCAUGAAAAGUAUAAUGAGGAUGCAAUCGCAGUACCAGACGACACAGACAGUAUAGUCCUGGUCCCAAAGACUGGUCCAGUCAAACUAACAGCAUCUGGAAAUAUAGUGCUUCCAAAACAAGUGAGCAUGAGUGGCUGUGAGAUCUCUGUAGCCGGAGACCCUGUGCUGAUUCAGAAAAUGUGCCAGAAAGUUCGGGAGCUGGAUUUGAUGGAAAACAACAUCAGCAGUUGGGAGGAGAUUUUCACUAUUAUUGAGUGCAUUCCUCACUUGACCUUUUUGAAUAUCACCAAGAACCAAUUGACCUCUAACCUUCCAGACCUGACUGGUCGGACACUUCCCAAACUAACCCACUUAGUACUCAACAACACCCUCAUAACAUGGGACGUUCUGCUCAAACUGCUGGACAUAUUUCCAAGUUUGGAAGAGCUUCACUUGAGCCUCAACGGCUUCCAUUCGGUGGAACUGCCUUCGUCGUCGCUCCAUUCGUCCAUGGUAUUGACUCCACCGUCGACCCCAUCAUCGGACAUUCUGAUGAUUUCUUCUGAUUCAAUAUCUACUUCUCAAUCAUCAGCGGCUUCUGCGACCAUGGCGGCCUGUCCGUCUCUCCAAAAGUUGUUCUUCAUAGGAAACAAAGUCACAGACUGGACGGAGAUCAGCAAGCUCGGCACCUUCUUCCCGAACUUGACCUUUCUCCUUCUCUCGGAAACAGACAUCAAAACGCUAGACGGGGCGGACCACGCUGGCGAAUGUUUUCCCCAUUUACAGAUUCUUGGUUUGAAUAGAACUCUCAUUGAAUCCUGGGAGGAGGUAGAAAAGCUACGCCUCUUUCCUUCUCUAACAGAUAUUCGUCUCAGUGGUAUCCCUUUUCUGGAGGCUAUGCCAGAGAUGUUUAGAAGGCAGCGUACUAUAGCUUUAUUGCCAAACAUUACUCACUUGAAUGGAAGUCGUAUUGGGGAAACAGAAAGAGAAGAUGCUGAGCGGGCUUAUAUUAGGUUUUUCUUAGACAAGGGAGAGAAACCAGCAAGAUACCAUGAGCUGGUGAAGUUACAUGGUAAAGUCGACCCACUUGCUAAAGUCGUACUUAAACCCAGAACACAUAUUCGUGUAAAGAUUCGUGUUGAAGAUAUGAACCAACAAGUUCUCAAGUCAGAAGAGCUGGACGUGGAUGUUACCCAGUCUGUCAGGGACCUGAAAAAAGUGGUUAGUAACAUCGCCGGGCGCCCUGCGUCCAAGUUUCACCUGUACUACGACGAUAAGCAAAUCAACAUGGGACCAGACAAGCUCAGGUUUAUGGACAGGAAGCUCUUCUCCUACAACAUGACCGAGGGGGAUGAGAUCAUCGUCGAAUGUCUUGAUUAAUUCUUCCAAAUUGUUCCCCCUUUUGUAUUUACCAAAGUUAAAAAAAAACAUUUGCAGAUAUGUUUUAGAUUGAUUUGAUAAAACAGUGUUGUUCUUUUAACAAACACGUACAUUGAAUGAUUAUCAGAGAGUAUACACUUUUGUUCUCUUCUUUUAAUUAUUUUAAAUUAUUCCAUCAUUUGCAACAUUAUAUAUUGAAACUAGCCGGGUAUGACCCUCGUCCAGCAGGUCUUAGUUUUGGUAUUACUGAUUCACUGGUUUGAAUUUAGAUCUAUGUUAAACAUGGAGAAUGUUCUGUUCACAUUUUAAAAAAUUUUGCCACGAAAUCAAAAGUAUAGUGUGAACUGGGUUUACCUGAUUUGUUAAAAAGUUUCGUUUUUUAAUAGAGAUACAAUUAGGUACCUUAGGACUAUUUUUAGGGCCCUCCGGUAGUGAUAGGGACAUUAAACAUAUACUACGGUCUCCGCCAUGAUCUAAGGAACAUUUCUGCCAAGUUUUAUCAAGAUUGGUCAAACGGUUUUGAUUUCUAUGCGGGACAUACAUACGCCUUACUUUCUGCUUUAUAUAUUCUUAUUCUUAUAUAGCUCUUCUAAAACUAAUACUGUAACAAAUAAGGCUAGUUUUCUCACCACUGUUGUCCAUCUGUAACUGUAUGGAAUCACUUAAAAAAAACUCUGUCAUAAGAACACACAAACUUUAUGCUCUGUUCAUAACAUCACUAGGGCUGGACUUACCAAUAGGCAACAUAAGCUACAGUGUAUGGCCCCCAAGAAAUAUUUAGCACUGACAUACAAUACUUGGACCUAUAAAGGGCCCCAUACUUUAUACUCAUACUUAUUUACCAAUAGGCAACAUAAGCUACAGUGUAUGGCCCCCAAGAAAUAUUUAGCACUGACAUACAAUACUUGGACCUAUAAAGGGCCCCAUACUUUAUACUCAUACUUAUUUACCAAUAGGCAACAUAAGCUACAGUGUAUGGCCCCCAAGAAAUAUUUAGCACUGACAUAUAAUACUUGGACCUAUAAAGGGCCCCAUACUUUAUACUCAUACUUAUUUACCAAUAGGCAACAUAAGCUACAGUGUAUGGCCCCUAAGAAAUAUUUAGCACUGACAUACAAUACUUGGACCUAUAAAGGGCCCCAUACUUUAUACUCAUACUUAUUUACCAAUAGGCAACAUAAGCUACAGUGUAUGGCCCCCAAGAAAUAUUUAGCACUGACAUACAAUACUUGGACCUAUAAAGGGCCCCAUACUUUAUACUCAUACUUAUUUACCAAUAGGCAACAUAAGCUACAGUGUAUGGCCCCUAAGAAAUAUUUAGCACUGACAUAUAAUACUUGGAUGUAUAAAGGGCCCCAUACUUCAAAAAGCCCAGGUCCUUUUGAAGUCUAAACUACACCACACUGUCCGCUUCCUUCUUUCCAUUCUCAAGCCCACUUUCAUUCAUUCUCUCAUUAUUUCCAACUUAACAAGUCAAACUAUAUUAUACAUAGACACACAAUUUCUAAUGGGACAUAUCAUUUCCCCUAACUUCUAUAAUUUAUUUAUAGACAUUUUUCGUUAGUCUUAAAAUAUGCGCUGGGAUCCAGGCAACAUAAGAUAACAUCAUUUUUAUUGGUCCAAUCAAAUGGAAAUUUAGUUUGAAUAAAUGUUUGUAAAAUGUUUUACAUGUUUCGGAUGUUCCUUCAGAGUUGAAGAUAGUUUACUUCCUAGUUCAAACCUCCUGCAGGACGACGGGGGAUGGGCAGGGUUUGAACCUGAGACCAUCGAUAAAUUCCGCAUGACAGUCCGGCACGCAAACCACACAACCAGGCAGCCAUUCCAUUGACCACCUUAGCAUAGCUACUGUAACAAUAACAAUAUAGUUGCAAAUACGAACAUGGUAUGUUUAUAAAAAAAAAAUAGGGCCAUGAGUUUUAUACAUUUUGUUUUAUUAAUUUAGCUAAGCUUAAUCUGGCCAACUGAUAAAAAUAAUUUGUACUCCCCUGGUACUCAUACUAUAGUGUAUCAAAACGUAGGUAGGAAGCUGCAUUUAAGUGAUUUUAAGUCUAGAACCAAAAGCUACAUAAUUAAAUUUUAUUACAAUGUCUGUUUUCCUCUGCCAUAAUUAUUUAUUUUAUGAUUGAUGCACAUAUUUUGUUGUUGUUUGUUUGCGGAUGCUCCCUAUACAAAAUUUCUAUGAUUCUUAAAAAAUAGCAAAUUUUUAUAUUUUGAUACAUGAGUUGUACUUAAUAGCAGUGUCCCUUUAUAAUUAAAAUAAAAAUACGAUAUUUUUAUUGUAUUUUUUAUCACACAUUCAUUUAAACACCUGCCAAGAACAUCAUUACUGACUACAACCAAUCAAAAUUCUUUUUUUUUAAGCUGUUCUUAAAAUUAUAAUGUUUGAUAUACAUUCAGAGCUCUGGGGAAAAAAAAGGGGGGGGGGGUUCAGCUCCUGGUUAAGUACUGAAACAUUUAUACUUGAGACCCAAUUCUAAAUUUUUGACUUCUCAGAAGAAGACUUAUAGUUCCAAAUUUAGAAUUAUGUAAUAGAAACGCCUGAAUAGAAGAGUGCUCUUCCUUCCCUUCUAGAAAGUAACAUCAAGUCUGUCAUGCUUCUAUAGAAACUUACAUGCGCAAAACUUUCGGUUUGUUAAAGACCACAAACUAGUGUAAUCAUAUACAUAGGCCAGUGCCUUGGAUCCAAGUUAAUCACAAGUUGUGGGAUAACCUUUUAAAACAGAUUAAUCUGCAUUUCACAAUUCAGUUUCGGGUGAUAAGAUAUUUUUUUAUUCAUUUUUGUGAUGUUUCUAUUUCAACUUUUUUUUUUACAAUAUACAGAUUUCUAUUUUUUCUAAACUAGCUUUUCUUUGAAUACAAAAUCAGCUUACGUGUGAUCUGAACAUUUAUAGUCAGUAAACUUGUUUUAAUGUGUAUGAUGUAUUUUUUAUUAUUAUUUUUGACACGUGAAGAGAUGAUUUUGGAAUCUUUAGGGCACAUCGGUGUCCAGUCAACUUUAAUGGUUAACUGACAUUAGUUGUGGAAAAGUAAAAGUGGGGUUCUUCAAUUUAUAUAUCAUAAUUAUUAGUAAACAUUUGCAAUUACAGCGAAUCCUUCACUUUACUUGAAGUUGAUUUGUAAAAUUAAUAUUAAAAGCAACUACAUCAAAAAAAGUUAAGACAAAGAUGUGUAGAUCUAUUUGUUUGAUAAUUUGAUUUAAUUUCUAUAGGGCUGUUAACACAAGCCAUUAGAAGUAGCCUACUUAAUAUGUAGUGUAGUGUUUAUAUGCAUUACCAUACAUCACAGGACCAAAAAAAAACAUAAUAUAAGCUCAAUAUUGCUAUUUGUUCACUAUAACUGCAAACUGCAAUUUUUUUUUUUAAUUUGCUCUUAUCAAACUUUUCAUGGAGUUAAAGUUAGGAUGAGGGAACAUAAAUCUUGAAAAUAUCUUGGGAGCUUGGAGGAUUGGGCGGGGUAAAUAAUGAUCUAUAUCAUUCAGUAAUUGUUAAGAGAAAAGUAAUCACUCUUAUGAAAAAUCAUCAGCUUCAUAAUUCAUAAAGGAAUAAUUGUUUUUUUGUAAACAGUAUUUUUUUUUAUUUAUUUGUACUUGUUUUAUAGUUAUUUAAUACAGAAGCAUAACUAGGCACAUAUAGAAACAAUAGCUAACUAUACAAUCUUUCAGCUUCUUAGGCUCUCCACUAGCAGAGUGGUUACCAUGUUGGCUUGAGAAGCCUGAGAAGGCUUGAGCCAUGAGUUCGAAUUAUUGUUAGUCUAGAUCUAUCACAAAUCGUAUUACAUGAACUAAUUGAUACAACUACACUUAAUGUUUUUUUUUAAAGUAUUUUAAAAAUAUUCUCUUGUUUUUAAAUUUAAAUUGAAUAGCCAAUUCUCAUUCAGUCUGAUGAUAAUUUAAAGUUUAUAUUAACUUAUUAAUCUCUUUUUUUUAAGUUUUUAGAUGAAAGGGUCCCAAAAGUAAUGUUGACAUUUUUUUUGAUAUUUGCUAAAAAACAAAUUAUUUUGUUUUUCAGUAGUUAAACACUUACAUAUUUAAAAAAAAUAAUAUUUCUGUCGUUUCUAGAUAUUUGUUACAAAUUUGCAUAAGAAUGUUCAUUAGUUUAGAGGUUGUAGUAAUAAAAAAAAAAUUUGCGUUGAUAAAAUAGAAAAUUUUAGUUCUAAACCUAUUUUUUAAUGCACUCGUUACCUUUUUAUAGUGAAAAUUCUAAAUUAAAGUAGGCAAUGCACAUUGAUUAACAUUCAUGAGAAAUUUGAAAUAAAAUAUUUUUGCUAUUUUUAAUUCAUGGAUCAUAAUUAUGUACAGACUGGGUAUAGUGAAUUUAUAUUUGUCUAGGUUUAAACAUUUUUUAAGUGUUCUUUGUACAAACAUUUGCAAUUAUCAUUGUGUUUAAGUUUCAUCUUAUUUUUUAAAUGUUUGACUUGUUUCAGACAAUGAUUUCAAUUUAUGAUGUUGACUAUUGAAAUCAUUAUGGUAGUUUUCAAUAAAGUUACUAGAAGGUCACAAUCUGUAAAAGACCAAAUAUAAAUUAUAUUUUUUUUGUACUGCCGUCUAGUCAUUCUUUGUGUUUGGGAUUUAAGAUGAAGCGGUCUAAGUUUAAGUCCCAGCACGUCCGCUUUUUUUCCCUGUCAUACCGAGGGGGGCUCUGGUUAUAAGCUGAAAUGUUGGGCUUUUGAAAGUUCUAAAGUAAGUGCUAAGAAGUUUUCUAAAAGGCAAAACCUAAAUGAGCCAAGAAUUAUAAAAGUAUAAAUUUAUACUGCUAUAUAAAUAAGAAUAUAUUCAUAAAACUUUAUACCCCUAUAAAGUUAGUUUUGUAAAAAGUAAAAGACAGCUGGAUUGAUAUUGUGUUCAGUCGUCUCUCCUUGUGGUCCCGUCUGGGGUAAGGCGUCUUGGUUCUGGGUGAGUCUCUCCAAUGUCCCCAUGUCUUGCCCAUCUGCUUGGCAUCAGUAGUAAAGUAAAAAAAAAAAAAAAGUAAAUGCACCCCUUUCAGACUUUGUGGUCUAUGGUGUCAGAUGAUGUCAAGUUGUUCCUAUGGCCAAUGGUUAACUAGGAUAGUGCAAAGGAAACAAACUUCUUUGCAUCCUCUUAAAAACAUUUCAGACUAUUAACUGUACCCCUGAGUGUAUAACCAUUCUGUUUCCAAACUAUGGACUGUGGACCUUAUUUGGCCUGUAAUCUGCUGCCAUCCAGUCAUUUAGAAUUUACACUCAGUAAUCUAAAAAACAUUUCAGAAAAGUUAGUACUAAUGGAGUUAGAGACUGGUAACUGUACCUUUGAGCAUAGCCAUUCUGUUUCCAAACUAUGGACUGUGGACCUUAUUUGGCCUGUAACCUGCUGCUAUCCAGUCAUUUAGAAUUUACACUCAGUAAUUUAUGUAAACCUAGAGGCUCGAUUUCACUGAAGAGGGUAUCUUUGGUGGUAAGAAGGCUCACGAUACAGAUGCCUGAAAUUUUAUGGUCUUAAGCCAGACAAAGAUUGGGCACCACUGUUCUAGUUCACAGAAUCAUUCAAACUCGAGCCUCAUUUCUAAUUUGUGUGUUUCAGUUUUGCACAUUGACUAGGCAUUGUGUGUCUCUGGCCUACUGUGAUAAACAUCUAGUGGCUUACAGAUGUAGGCUCUUCCCCAUUAAUUUUGUUUUUAUACAGUUACAUAUAUUCAUCUAUGUUUUUAGUUGAUAAAAUGCCAUACAUGUUUAGUUGUAUACAGUCUAAUCAGUUUUAUGAUUAACUUAUGUUAUUUAAGUGAUUUAUUUUUUGUUCUUUUGGUUUUACAAGAAUAUUUUUUUUUUUUUUUAAAUAUGUGUGUGAAGUUAAAUGAUUUACAAGAUGAAUUAAAACAUUUGCCAAAUGCC